AUGGCAGCCUCCACGCUCUGGUUUUCGCUGCUACUGGCGGCAGCUUCCGCUGGGCGGGCGACGGCCCUGUGGCCAUGGCCCCAGUACAUCAAAACUUCCGACUGGAGCUACACCAUCGUACCGCACACCUUCCAGUUCCAGUACCACAAGAGUUCGGCCGCGCAGGUGGGCUGCUCCGUCCUCGACGAGGCCUUCCAACGCUACCGUGACCUGCUCUUCGGUUCCGUGACUUUGCACUUUCGCCAUCGCGUGGAAAAAUGGCAUAUAUCAGAGAAGAAUUCCUUGGUUGUCCUCGUAGUUACUCCUGGAUGUGACCAGCUUCCUUCUUUGGAGUCGGUGGAGAAUUACACGCUGACUAUAAAUGAUGAGCAGUGUUUCCUCCUCUCAGAGACUGUCUGGGGCGCCCUCCGAGGUCUGGAGACUUUUAGCCAGCUUAUUUGGAAGUCUCCUGAGGGCACGUUCUAUAUCAACAGGACGGAGAUCGAGGACUUCCCCCGCUUCCCCCACCGGGGCUUGUUGUUGGACACAUCUCGCCAUUACCUGCCACUGGCUAGCAUCCUGGACACUCUGGAUGUCAUGGCAUACAAUAAAUUCAACGUGUUCCAUUGGCAUCUGGUUGAUGACUCUUCCUUCCCAUACGAGAGCUUCACUUUUCCAGACCUCACCAAAAAGGGCUCCUACAACCCUUCCACCCACAUCUACACAGCACGGGAUGUGAAGGAGGUGAUUGAAUAUGCACGGCUUCGGGGUAUCCGUGUGUUGGCAGAGUUUGACACUCCUGGCCACACUCAGUCCUGGGGACCAGGUGUCCCUGGAUUAUUAACUCCCUGCUACUCUGGGUCUCAACCAUCUGGCACCUUUGGACCAGUGAAUCCCACUCUCAACUACACCUAUGAGUUCAUGAGCACGUUCUUCUCAGAGAUCAGCUCUGUCUUCCCAGAUUUUUAUCUUCACCUUGGAGGAGAUGAGGUGGAUUUCACCUGCUGGAAGUCUAACCCAGAUAUCCAGAAUUUUAUGAAGCAGAAAGGCUUUGGUAAGGACUUCAAGAAGCUGGAGUCCUUCUACAUCCAGACGCUACUGGGCAUUGUCUCUGGCUAUGGCAAGGGCUAUGUGGUGUGGCAGGAGGUAUUUGACAAUAAAGUCAAGGUUCGGCCAGACACAAUCAUCCAGGUGUGGCGAGAAGAGAUACCAGUAAAGUACAUGAAAGAGAUGGAACUGGUCACCCUUGCUGGCUUCCGGGCCCUGCUGUCUGCCCCCUGGUACCUGAACCAUAUAACAUAUGGCCCUGACUGGAAGGAGGUCUACAUGGUGGAGCCCCUGGCAUUUGAAGGCACCCCUGAGCAGAAGGCUCUGGUGAUUGGUGGAGAGGCCUGUAUGUGGGGAGAGUAUGUGGACAGCACAAACCUGGUCCCCAGACUCUGGCCUAGAGCAGGGGCUGUUGCCGAGAGGCUGUGGAGCAACAAGGCGGUGACCAACCUGGACUUUGCCUUUAAACGUCUGACACACUUCCGAUGUGAACUGCUGAGGCGGGGUGUCCAGGCCCAGCCCCUCAGCGUAGGCUACUGUGACGUGGAGUUUGAACAAACCUGA